GGUUAGCAUUAUGGACACUAACCUCAUGCAUGGUUAGUUUUCUCGUCUCUAUUCUGAGCGAAUAAAUCUCGGUGUUUUGAAGCUCUGAUUAGUUUCUAGCAUGAAAUAAGCAUGAUUUUUGUUAUGAUAGUAGUUAGGGAGUUCUUAAACCCUCAAGGUUAACAGCAAGUAUUCAUGCAUGUACAGUAUAUUUCGAUAGGGUAUUAGUAGAUUUUAUAAUGUAAUUUUCAGUUUAUUAGGUUCCCCUUACCAAGUAUCACAGACCGUACUUAAGAGAUUUGUUAUACUUAUUUAGUAUUUUCAAUAUAUUAUAUAUUUUCAAUCAGGCCCAAUCAUUUUUAAAAAGGUAUUAUGGAGGCCCAGUAGGGGCAUAUUUAGAUAUUUUUCAUUUCUGACUCGGUCACAUAUUCUUUGUUGAUUAUUCACAUACUAUUGAGUCCUUUUUGUCAAUUUACUCAGUUAGUUCAUACUCAAAUUCAAGGUAUUCCAAAUUUGUCGGUUUAUUUCAAUUUUGAUACUACCCGUAUAGCACUUUGUCAUUGUUAUCAAUGACAAUAUAAAUCAGCCCUUUAUCAUAAAUGAAUUAUAAACUGUAUGCUGGUGUUUUCAUUCCGAUGUGUUGAUUAUAGAUCAGGAAUUCCCUUGCCUGGGUUGAACUUUUAUCACAGUGUACAGAUUUUUUUUGGAGGGGGGGGGGGGAUCGGUCACCAGAGUUACUGUCCUUGUUAUGCUAGUCUCUGCUACGUGUUAACAUCAAUUUAUGAAAUCAAUGAAUAAAAAUUAAGUGUGACGUUCACAUAACAUAUUUCAAGCGGUACAAGAACCGCCGAAGGGGUUGCUUAUUUAAGGAAAUUUCCCAAUGUUAUAUGCUUAUUUAAGGAGAUUUUCCCAAUGUCCGUUAUAGAUGUGGUGGCUACGAAAGCAACAAUCGACAAUAUCUCAGGUUUUGGGGAAAUAUUUAAGUUAAUUUCUCAGUGAUAAUUUAUUUUAUAUCUAAAAGCAUAUUUUGAAAAUUUUAUAACAAUUAGAUACAUGUGAAGGGAGAUAAUUUCGAUCGGUCCUAUUAGCUCCGCACCGGUCUCGCUACCAAAUUUACUCAUUUUACCAACACUCCAAGUUAUGUCUUGACAAUAAUAUUGUGACGUCACAGUUCGCCAUAUUGCGCUGCAGCCAAAACACAAAGAAAACACAAACGGAAAGUUGGCUUUUCUUUGUCACCUAUUGAGUAGAGUAUCAAUAAAGUACAUCGAUCUGAUCUCAAAGAUAUGGCACAGAGUCCCAUAGGUGGGGCAGUGAAAGCUCUACAGCUGGAACUGAAAAAAAUUCGUGAAGAACCAGUCGAAGGAUUUCGUGUGAACUUGAUAAAUGAUGACAGUCUUUUCGAGUGGGAAGUGGCAAUUUUUGGACCCCCUGGCACUAUGUACGAGGGUGGGUACUUCAAGGCUCACAUGAAGUUUCCUCAAGAUUACCCAUACAACCCUCCUAGUGUGAAGUUCAUAUCUAAAAUGUGGCAUCCUAAUGUGUAUGAGAAUGGGGAUGUAUGUAUAUCUAUAUUGCACCCCCCUGUAGAUGACCCUCAGAGUGGUGAACUUCCUUCAGAGAGAUGGAACCCCACCCAGAAUGUCAGGACAAUCCUGCUAAGUAUUAUAUCUCUGUUGAAUGAGCCCAACACAUUUUCCCCUGCCAAUGUGGAUGCUUCAGUGAUGUAUAGGAAGUGGAAAGAUUCCAAAGGAAAAGACAAAGAGUAUGAAAACAUAAUCAGAAAACAAGUUCAGGCCACAAAGGAAGACGCUGAGCGUGAUGGAGUAAAAGUUCCCACUACAUUACAGGAGUACUGUGUUUCAAUCAAACCACAGACCUCCCAAAACAGUGUAGAUGAUACAGACUUUUAUGAUGAGGACUACGACUUGGAUGAUGAUGAAGAGGAAGAUAACUAUUAUGAUGAUGAUGAUGAUGAUGAUGAUUCUGGAAAUGGUGGUGAAGAAUCAUGAUGCCUGUUGAUGCAUCUUUUAUUUUUGAUAGUGCAAAAUACUGUAAUUGGUCAGAAAUUUUGAGAGUAUGACUAUGUGUUUAACACAGCAAUUACCCAUUGAAUUUGUGAUUCAUUUAAGGGUUGACAAAGUGAUUGAAAGACUGAGGUGAUCCUUCUGUUUUUGUAGAAUUUGAACUUUCCAAUGUUGUUCUUCAUGGUUCGGUUUCAAGAUGCAUUAACUAAAACAUUAUAAUUCAACUUUACUCUCUUUAGUUAUAAAUAAAAUCUUAACUUGUGACUUACACAGAUGGGUAAUGCUAAUAAUUUAAAAUGAGUAUUUAAAUACACAUGUUCGUGCAUUUUUAUGAUUUGUACUAUUACAGGGUGCUAAACGGUUUAUCUCCAUAGACUCUCAACUACUUGUUUAUUGAAUUUUCAAGAUGAAUAGCCAAUAAAAAGCUCUAAAUCAUUUAGACUCAAUCUGAUGAGAAAAUGAAAUAGUUGCAACAUAUACAAAAGUACAAUUAUUAUGAUUAAAGAUUACAUAAGGUGUGGUGCGUCUAGACCUUGUCAUAACUGUUGCUGGGUGCUACACUGUUUAUCGUGGUAGAUUAUAUUGAUAAGAAUGUUAUAUUCUAUUUAUUAUAGUGACGUUACAUGUACAAGAUUAAUGUUGAAUUUAUUCUUAAUCUCACCUAUGGAGUUAUUAAUGUUAAAGAUAAAGACAUUUUUUUUAAUACAACUUAAAUAAAUGUAUAUGUACAUGUAUAUAGUAAUAGAAAUGGUGUCAUUAUAAAAGUAUGUUUUUCUGUAAAUUAUCAACUUUCUCAAAAGAUGUAUCAGCUUGCUCUGUGGUGUACACAUUAAACAUAUUCUUCUAUACCUAUGCAAAGAAAUGUUUGCUCCUAGGAAGUAACAGAUCAGGCAAUUAAACUUGGGAUGAAUUUCUAUAUUUUCUUAAAGAAAGGAAUUUCCAUUAAUGUGUCUUUUCAACUAUUGAGAUAUUUCAGCAACUUUUUCUUUGCCAACCAUAAGUUGAGUGCUAUGUGUUAUACGGUUAUCAUAGAAACUUACACUGUGCCUCUGGGAGUCAAUGAACUGUAUGACCAGUAAGUUCUUAAAUACAAAUGAAAAAUUGUAAUUUUUGCCAGUUGAUAAGGUUUCUUGUUUUAUUUUCUUGAUAGAGACUGAUGCGCACCAUCUACAAACUGUUUUUAGUUCUGUUUGACAUUAGGUAUUUGGUCAGUAAGUUUUGGUAUACAAAUGUAAGAUUCUGUCGGUGUUUUUCUUUUGAGCAUUACAAUUGUUAGCAUGCCGGCGAUAAGAUGUUUUAUGUGGCAGGUAACAAUCAGUGUUUAUUUCCCCCUUUACAAUAUCUUGCAGUUUUGUUUAUUGUUGAUAUCUACAUGUAUACUCCGAGCAUUUUUAGUAUUUUAGUAUGCGCAUUUGGGAACAAGUAAUUACAAUACAAUAGCAAUUGAAAGAAAUACAAAUAAAAACAUCAACAUAGUAUUACAUGUACAAUGGAUUUUAAUGUUUUUAAUCACCCAUUUAUAUCAACUCUGUAUUAAUUAUUGGAAAUUAAAUUAACAAAAGUUUACUUUCAGAGCCAACCAUGGUAUGGAAAUUGUCACCUUCGUUGUGACCAGUUAAUGUACAAGAUAAUUUUCUUUUCCACAAACCAGAUACUUUGUAUUGUAAUUGAGUUUAGGUAGUGUGAGGUCAUUCGAGCUUUUCAUCUUAACCAAAUACAUUUCAUGUGUGCAUGUUGAUUUGCAAGUGUGUUAUUUAAAUGUUGUUCUUCAUAUACAAGUGGAUUUUAUGAUCAUAAUUGUGCAAAAUGUUCUUAUUUAUGUUUGAAUAUAGUAAUUCUAUUAUUUGUAUAGAUGCUCUAGUUUGAUUUCAAAUGUGUUUUUAGUUGACAAGUGUGUGCAAGACUUGGCAUCUGUCUGAUAAAUCAAGAUGUUAGACCUUAUCUUUUUUUUUAGAUUGAGGUACAUACAAAACUGCAUUUUUUCUAUCAAUAUUUGGCAUUUAAUCAUCAGCUUUCCAACUUUUAUUAUGCCGCAUUCCACUCCUGUUACGUCUGUGGUUAUUCGUGUCACAUUCUGUACAGGAUAAAAUGAUAUAAUAUGGAGUCUUAGUUUUCAGGAUGACAAUAGUAAGGAAAAUAUUACAAAAUGUAUAAAAAUCAAAAUUCCUCAUCCCAUUUUUGGCUUAAUUGUUGUUCAUAUGCUGUCAUACACUUAAAAAAGUUAUGAAAGAUGUCGUGAAUAUUUAUGCAUUACAUUGUAUUUACACAUUCCGCUGUCAGAUUUGGGAAAUGUAAGCGAAAUGAAAUCUGUGCAAUUUAAAUGUGUAAAUGAAGAAGUUACUGUGUUGAUGUGAUUGUCAAAUCAAUUUUAUCUUCAGAUAAUAAAUUUUAAAGACAUU